GAGGUGGGGUGGAACAGCUCCGUGGGCAGCUGAGGGCACGUGGGCGUGCCUCUGUGCUCAGGGCGCAUAGGCCAGGAAGGUCGGGCACUUCCCACGUUCCCACUGGCUUUGCCAUCACUUCUGCUUGCAGCUGUGCUUGGGCCUCGCUCUCCAGUCAUGAAGCUCCUGCUGCUGACGUUGGCCGUGGUGCUGCUCACGUCCCAGCUCACCCCAGGUGACACUCAAAGAUGCUGGAAUCUUCUUGGCAAAUGUCGCCACAGAUGCUUCAGGAAGGAUAGUGUCUAUGUUUACUGCACGAAUGGUAAAUUGUGCUGUGUCAAACCCAAGUACCAGCCAAAACCAAAGCCAUCGUGGUCAUUUUAAGAGCUUUGAAAUCUGAAGCCAGGAAAAUGCAGAAGCUGCCCAAAGUCUGACCCAAGUGGAUUCUUGAGCUCUGUCAAUAAACACCACUGGCUGAUCACUGUG